AUGGCAUCGAGCAAUGAAGAGAUUAUUGAGCAGCUCUCGCUCCAGCUGCUGGAGCAGACAGAGAAAAACUCGAAGCUGGAGGUGAGUCUGCUGAACACGCACCAAAAAAUUCAGGAAUUGAAACGCCAACUGGUGGAGAGCCGAAAACAAAAGGAGGAUAGCGAUAAAGAGGUCGAACGUUUGAGCUAUGAGAUGGAGGAUCUGAGUGCCACGCUGUUUGACCAGGCCAACGAAAAGGUGAAGGAGGCAAACAUCGUGGCAAACGAUUUCAAGCUGAGGAACGAGAAACUGGUCGAGACACUCAAGGAUCGUGACACGACAAUAGACCUGCUUAACAACGAGCUCAGGAACCUCAAACGGCUCAUAGCUGAGCUGGAGCACCAGGAUCCGUCGCAGACACCACCUUCGAGAGUUAAUUCGGAAUUGUUGCCGGACUCGCAGUUUACGCUUCCCAAACUCAUAAAGUACAACGGCCAGCCCAUAUACUCUCCAACAUUCAACCAGCUGCGUUUUGACAUGCUUUUGUUCAACCAGUUCAAAGAGUCACUCGAAAGCUUCCAAAAUAUCAGAGAAACGUCUUUUUACCGCCACUUGGUGAGUGAGGAGAUUGAGCCGGUGCUACGUCUAGAUCUAUCUCCGUCGAUCAAGUUUUUCCAAAAGAAAUCGUUUAUUAACAGUCUGUUCGAGUCAAAAGUCGUCAUAGAGCCAUUAAGCGCCUCAACAGAGCUCUGGAAGGCCGCACAGGCCCAGUCUGCGCCGUCUUCACCGCCAUUGUCUGUCAAAAGCCUGAACCUGAGGAUGUUCAAGUACGAGACGGAUAGACCGGUGGCGAUGGAGGCCAAGUGUUCCCUAUGUGGAGAGGCACGCAUGGGUAUCAAUUAUGCCAGAUUGUACGUUCUGAGAGUCAGAGAGGUGGAAUAUUUACUCUGCAUCUCGUGCUCUACCAAGCUGAGACGCACCGUGGACUUGCUUUCUCGCAUCAAGACUAUAUCGCAGACUCAGGACGAAGAGGAGGUGUUACGUGUAUGGUGUGAGCUUGCAGAGCUGCGCGGCCGCUUGUUCUAUUCGAAGUUGGGCAUUUGGGACGAGUCCGACGAAAAUGGAUUGGUGUACGGCUGGAAAAAUAGCUGGCUCGGUCAGCAACCUGUCCAAGAAACAGACAACAAUGCAGAAGCGCCUGCUGAGACAGAGCAAAUCCCUCAGAAUGUUCCAAAUACCGACACAGCAAGCGAGAAGACCGUGCAGUUGGAGAACGGCAAAGACGAGAUGCCAGAGUCCGUUCCCGAACCGACCUUGAAGGAGGAGCUCGAAAUUGACAUGCAGCUCCAGCAGGUUGCAAUAUCGUCCGGCACCGAUGACAUCCUCGAUAAUUAUACCAACACGUCGGACGAGGAGUUCAACGACGCCCAAGAAGCGCACUCCGUAACCAACGACUAG